GGGAGAGAGCCGGAGUUACUGCCAGGCUGCCACUACUCCUAUCAUCCCAGAGGACUGGCUGGGGAUGGAGCUGCUGGGGGCAUAGACCCUGGAUGUUGAGUUCUGGGGGGAUAUCUUGUGUGUGGUAGAAGACUCCACUGCUGCUGCCCACCAUGAGAUGUUUGGGGGUCAUCCUGCUCCUUGUGGACGCUGCCUUCACCUUGUCAAUGAACUCUCCAGAACUGAUUGACUGCGUAUCAGCAGAGGAGCUGUGUAGGAACGAUCCUCUGUGUAAUAGCACUUACCAAGUGCUAAAGAACUGCUCUAGAGCGGACACCUCGGCAUGUCAAGAGGCAGCUGAGCUGAUUUCUAAGACUCCCAUCAUCCACUGCAAAUGUCAUCAUCGUAUGAGGAAGGAAGAGCAUUGUUUGGAUGUUUAUUGGACUGUGCAUCCUGACUAUAAAGCUGAUCUUACAGGUUACCUGGUUUCAUCUGAGUCUCCUUAUUCAGAUGAGUCAGAAACAAAAGAGGAAAGAAAGCAAAAUCCCUUUUUCGAUUCUGAGCCUGACCUCAGUGAUGCCUCCAACGCUUGUAUACAUGAGGCCAAUAUUUGCAGUUCAAUUGAGAAGUGUGAAACUCUGAAGACCGAAUAUGUCAUGCACUGCAGUUCCAUAAAAGCUGAAGGUUCCUGUGAUCGGCGGAAGUGUCACAAUCACCUCAGGAACUUUAUUAAAAAAAUCCCCAUGGAAUUUACCAAGCGACUCCUAUUUUGCCCCUGCGAUCAGGAUAAAAGCUGUGGAGAUCGCCGACGCCAGAUUAUAGUGCCCAAAUGCUCUUUUGAGGAAAAGGAAAAGAAAAACUGCCUGUCACUUUACGACUCCUGCAUGAGCGAUACCUUGUGCAGAUCUCGUCUUUUGGACUACAAGAAACAGUGUCGCCUGUUUGAGAAAAACAGAGAAGGCUGUUCUCCAGGACAAUAUGAUCCAUGCAUAAAGUCCUACAUUAGGAUGAUUGGUACUUCAGUCACUCCCAACUUCAUUAACAACUCAAGCAUGGACACAUCACUGUGGUGCACCUGUGAAGGUAGUGCUAAUAAGCUAGAAGAGUGCGAUGCCUUCCUUGGGAUGUUCACUUCCAACAAGUGUCUCCAAAAAGCGAUUAGCCCAGACCUUAACCAAAGCCUCCCAAUGACAUUAAAUGAUGACCAGAAAAGUCCUACUGAUGGGAAAAGUGAUACUGAUUUAGCUGUCCUCGCUGAAAAAAAUCAGAAAACGCCGACUUCUCAUUCACUACCAGGUGCUGCAGCUCCAUCUUUCACACUUCUUAUGUGGCUGUUAAUAGUGGUGUCAUUUAUGUGACAGAAGACCAGGAAGGCCUACAAAGUAACGUGACAGCACAAUAAUCAUGGACAUGCCUGGCAUAGGAAAAGACAGCUGGAAAACACACAAGUGUGCUUUUUUUCACUCUUGGACUUAAAAGCUGAAGAUGAUUCACAAGGCAAUAAGACUAGGUGGUGUCAACGCACAAAGCCCACCCACAUGCAGUGGUCUGGAGUGUGUAUGGGCUGAUGUAUGUAAAGUACCACGCGUGACCAUUGAAGCUGUAGAUGUUGGAGAGUUGCUCCUCAGAGAGUGUCUACAACCAAAGGUAACUCAAGCAUUUUACCAGAUGCCAAGGAAGUAAUCAGGACACAGUCAUGUGGACGUGGCAUCUAGAUUCCUACUAUGUUCCUGCUAAUGUGACUGCAAGCUCUGCUCACUAACAAUACCAAUAUUAUAUAUGAAAGACUAUAUUUGUAUAUUAUAGUCAAUAGAAAAAUAAGGCAACUUACAUUGAGGGGCUAUGCUUGUAGACUUUCCAUCAGCACCCUAAACAAGAAGCAUUUAAUGUUCUUUCAAGCUUUUCUUCUGAAGAAGGCAUAUUCUAUAUAAAGAGAUGAUUCCUUGGAAGAUUCCUUGGAUUGUCAGAUGAGAGUCAGUCUCAUUUUAUGAGAAUUAUUAUCAGCUACUAUACUUUCCUUUAUAUCUGUGGUUCCCCAGCAUUUGCAUAUCUUCAUAUACUGUAAAUGCGUGGAGACUUAUUCAUGUAUACACCCAGUAACAACUGUAAAAGUCUAGUUUUGGAGGUGGAAACAUAAGACUGUUAUUAUUAAACAUAAGACUGUUAUUAUCAAGACAAAUUAGUUCCAACUCAAGGGUAUUGGCACAUGAAAGCAUUUUAAAAUGACAGAGGUGAUCCUUAGCCAUAUAGCAGUAUAGGCCUGUUUACACGGCCCAGUUAUCCUUAUGGUUUGUUGGUCUCCAAGCAAUUGUAUAUAUAAUUUACCACUGUAAAUUAGAGAAAGAUCGGCAGUAAAUAAUAAAACAAUCAUUUAUGGUUGAUUUUGAUUAAUUGUGCCACCUUAAAAAUCAUCAUUAUUGGCAGCACGAAGGGUAAAUGUAAAAGGCACAUAAGGCAUUGCUGCCUUUGUGCACAAGUCUUGUGAGAGCCGUUAACAGGCAAGAAUAAUGUUCCUUUUCCGUUGGGCAGAAGUUUCCUCAGAUCAUUAAGAAGGACUUCUUAAUUCGCUGAUCAUUAAUAUGUGGUUUAUAAAGGAACCUUUAUGGAGUUGUCUCAUUAAUGGCAACUUCUGUCCAGAUGUCCCUCUAUGAGCCAAAGUGGAGAGCCGGACUCGAAGAGCGGUUCUUUGUUCUGGUUGAAUGGUUGCUAUGCAAUACUACAUUUCACCUACAGCAUAUCGGGCCAGACAUGUCAUCCCUCAGUGAUAAUAGCUGAUCAUCUAGGUUGGUGGGGGUUACAGAGAAGUCAGGCCAUAAGUGAUGAACUGAUCAUUGUGCCAGAUUCUGUUUAUAAAAGGGAGGCAACUUCUUUGAGUAAUGUACAAUAACAAAUGUACAGAAUUUGUUCCUUUAGAUGUAUGCCCCAAUCCACCACCUCCACCAGCGGUGGUGGAGGUUGUAGAGAAGUCAAACCCAUGGUGAUCAUCUGAUCGCUUGGUUAGCUUCUGUUUUUUUUUAAAGGAUUCUCUUCAUAAGCUGAAUAGGGACUUCAGGGUUUCUGGGAUUUUUAUAUUGAUCACCUAUACUCAGAAUAGGCCAUCAAUAUCAGAUCGGCCAGGGUCUAACACCCUGCACCCCGGCUGAUCAGCUGUUUGGGAGUAGCCCCAGUGGUGAAACUACACAGCUCUGUCCAUUAUGUAGUGGGCAUAGCUGGUUACUGCAGUGCCGCACCCAUUCACUUCAAUGGACGCAGCACUGUACUACACAAUGGACGGAGCUGUAUAGCCCUGGUGUCUAUUUGCAGCACCCAAGCUUCUUCCAAACAGUGGAUCUGUGGUGGUGCGGGGUAUCUGACCCCCACUGGUCUGAUUAUUGAUGGCAUGUCUUUAUUAUAGGACAUCAGUAUAUAAAUCACGGAAAUCCUCUUUAAGGUAUGUGAAGAUAGAUAUAUACAGAAUUUGACCCUUUACAUCUAUGUCCUAUUUAUGAAUUAUGGGGUCAUAUGAGCACCCUAUCUACAUAGAAAAAACAGCUAUUCUCCAUGACUGAGUUUUCUGAAUGGAUAUAUAUCACUAAACUAGUGCUGUAGUGAAAAUAGUUAUUGGAUCAGACAUUUCUUGAGAUUUUUUAGAUGAGAGAUUAUUUCAAAAGAACAGCCCUUUGCCCCCCCUGAACAGCCCUUUGCAUAAUACAUGUUUGAAUUUCAGGGUUGGUACAAAGAUUUGGGUUGUUUUCAUCUCAAGGUGGGUUCACAUCACGUUUUAUGCCUCCGUUUGACGUAUAUGUUAGAAAAAAAAAAAAAGGCAGCACGCCAUGUUCUUGUAUCCUGCACACAAUAGUAAAAAAAGUAUACUUUUUUUUCUUUUCUUUACAAUUGAACUCUAUGUGAACAGGUAACACUGUAUGGUUUCAGUCUGAGGCAUCCGUUUAACGUAUACGUUUUUUAUAUACGUUAAAUGGAUGGGAAAAACGUGAUGUGAACCCAGCCUUACUCAUAGAAACAGCAGGAUGGCAAAUCCACCUGUACGAUAAAUGUACCUGGUUGUCUUUUACAGUCCAUAACCUAACUGAUAAUCACAACAUAUUAUUACAGGACUAUAGGCUCAAAGCUUCAGUAUCCAAUAUGGUAAUAGCUGCUCAUCACUAUCUGUUGUGCAAUGACCUAAUAUGUGUGUAAAUUAUUAUAUAUGUGUAAAAUAAAAACAAGUGAAAU